CUUUUGUCCGGACUUAUGCACUUUACCUGGACCAGCGGCUUGAGUGCAUGGUGUAUGAGCAGAAGCAGCAUGGUAGUGGCAAUGGCAAUGGCCGCCCGUACCAGUCGCCAAGGGGGGAGCCUGAUCCAUACACUUAUGGGAGUUAUGGGAGGUCCUCAUACUCAUCCCCACAAGGAAAUGGGAGUGCUGGGUAUUAUGAUGAGAGGCGGAGGGGGGAAGAGAGGAAGCCACCAACUCCCCUGAGAGACAUGAAGCCAGAGAGGGUGCUGGGCAGGAUGCACCAUCUGCAGCAGCUACUUGAUCGCUUCCUUGCCUGCCGUCCCACUGGUGCUGCCAAGCACAGUCGGAUGAUCCUCAUCGCUCUCUAUCCAAUUGUCAGGGAAAGCUUUCAGCUCUAUGCUGACAUCUGUGAGAUAUUAGCUGUCCUUCUGGACCGAUUCUUCGACAUGGACUACCCAGACUGCGUCAAGGCAUUCGAGGCCUAUGCCAGUGCUGCCAAGCAGAUUGACGAGCUCUGUCUCUUCUAUGGUUGGUGCAAGGACACAGGUGUGGCCCGUUCAUCAGAGUACCCAGAGGUGCAGCGUAUCACAGUCAAGCUUUUAGAAACGUUGGAGGAGUUCAUGAGGGACAGGGCAAGGAGGCCCACGAGCCCUCCAAAGGAGGCAGCCCCUGAGACUGUCGAUGAAGAACCGGCACAGGAUAUGAACAGCAUCAAAGCCCUCCCAGCACCUUCAGAUUACACAGAGCAGAAGCUGGAGCCAGAACCAGAGGUGGUCCAACCACCUAAGAAGCAGCAGCAGGAGGAGAGUGACUUACUGAAUCUCAGGGAUGAUGCUCCUUCUGCAGAGGAUCAGUCUAACAAGCUUGCAUUGGCUCUUUUCUCGGGUCCAGGGGCGGCAAACAGUACCAAUGGGUCAUGGGAAGCCUUCCCUUCGAAUGGUGCGCCUGGACAAGGUGAAGUGACUUCUGCAUGGCAGACACCUGCAGCCGAGCCUGGGAAGGCAGAUUGGGAGCUUGCCCUCGUGGAGACGGCAAGCAACCUUGUGAAGCAGAAGGCAACAUUGGGUGGGGGCUUCGACCCAUUACUUUUGAAUGGUAUGUAUGAUCAAGGAGCAGUGAGGCAGCAUGUGAAUGCCCAGAUGAGCACUGGGAGCGCAAGCAGUGUGGCCUUGCCUGGGCUUGGUCAGAAGACCACUCCAGUGCUGGCCCUGCCUGCACCUGAUGGCACCGUCGAGACCAUCGGGCAGGAUCCAUUUGCUGCAUCUCUUAGCUAUCCCCCACCUUCCUAUGUGCAGAUGGCAGACAUGGAAAAGAAACAGCAGUGGCUGGUCCAGGAGCAGCAGAUGUGGCAGCAGUAUUCGAGGGAUGGAAUGCAGGGCCAGGCUAGCUUGGCCAAGCUCAACAACAGCUAUUUCCCCAACCCAGCCAUGCCUUACGGAAUGCCACCAGCCUAUAAUGGUGGAUACUAUUACCCGACUUACUGAGUCUUGCUGCUCUUUAUUCCUUGUAUUUAGUUUUGGGUUGCCCUGCGGCGUCGGUCAAUCUCUAUCUCUGGAUUGAACGGUUUCGUCAAGACUCCUUGUUCCUUGUAUUUAGUUUUGGGUUGCCCUGCGGCGUCGGUCAAUCUCUAUCUCUAGAUUGAACUGUUUCGUCUAUGUAUUCACUGUCACUUGGUACAUGGAUUUGCGAUUGGGAGGCGAUUUGAGAUGUUCUUUAUUUAGUUUUUUUUUUUCCCCUCCCUACUUCUGUUUUUAUUCCAGAGAUCUUGUUUGAUUACAUGAAGGCAGGAAACUGGGAUUGACUGGGUUAAUGUAUACAGGGAUGGCGUCAUGGUCUCCUGUACUUGGAGUAGGAUUCAAUGCAUACAGGGAUGGCGUCAUGGUCUCCUGUACUUGGAGUAGGAUUCUUCCCUCGUCAUGAGUCAAACAUCUGGCAGACUCUAGCCUUGUUUUAUUAUGCUCUGUAAUGUUAUAUCAUAUGGAUUUUUUGCCCC